CUGCGACGUCCCGACUCGAACGGAGGGGUCUCUGUUCCCGCUUCUUAGCCGCCCGGCUCCGCGUACCAGCCGGCCGCGGCUGACCACGCUGCCCGUGGCCGACUUCGGUAGCAACGCCUUAAAGCGUACGCGGCAGCUGCGCGUUCUCUGCUCAUCCCGGCAAGCUUCCUCCGCUUCUUAUGACCUCGGCAAUGGGCGCUCCGCUUGCUUCGCGAGUUGCCGCCGUCGUGGCGGUCAUGGUGUUCGCGGCGGUCUCGCCGGCGUCGGCCUUCCCGACCGACUUGCCGCCUGGGGUGCCACCGUUCCCGAACCCAUGGGCGGCGUUCCAGAACCUCUCCGGUUGCCACAUGGGCGAGGAGCGGCAGGGCCUGGCGGGGCUCAAGGACUACCUCAGCCACUUCGGCUACCUCCCGCAGCCGCCGCCGUCGUCCCCGUUCAGCGACGCGUUCGACCAGGACCUGGAGGCGGCCAUCGAGACGUACCAGCGGAACUUCGGGCUCAACGCCACCGGCUCACUGGACCCGACCACCGUCGCGCAGAUGGUCUCCCCUCGCUGCGGCGUGGCCGACGUGAUCAACGGGACGUCAACCAUGGCGAGGACCUCGUCGGCGGACCCCCACGGCAGGCACCUGUACGCCUACUUCCCCGGCGCGCCGACGUGGCCGCCGUUCCGGCGGGACCUCAAGUACGCGAUCACCGCGACCUCGGCGACGUCCAUCGACCGGUCCACGCUGAGCGACGUGUUCGCGCGCGCCUUCUCCCGGUGGGCCGCGGCCACGAACCUGCGGUUCACGGAGACCGCGUCGGAGUCCGACGCCGACAUCAAGAUCGGGUUCUACGCCGGCUCCCACGGCGACGGCGAGCCGUUCGACGGGCCCCUGGGCACGCUCGCGCACGCCUUCUCCCCCACGGACGGGCGGCUCCACCUGGACGCCGCGGAGGCGUGGGUGGCCGGCAGCGACGCGUCGCGCGCGUCCUCGCCGGGGGCGGUGGACAUGGAGUCCGUGGCGGUGCACGAGAUCGGCCACCUCCUGGGGCUCGGCCACUCGUCGGUGCCGGAUGCCAUCAUGUACCCGACGAUCCGGACGGGGGCGAGGAAGGUGGACCUGGAGGCGGACGACGUGCAGGGGAUACAGAGCCUGUACGGGAGCAACCCCAACUUCAAGGGCGUCACGCCGACGUCGCCGGCGACGAGCAACCGCGAGAUGGACGGCGGCGCCGCCGCGGGGCUCCGUCCGGAUAGCGUUUUCGUUGGAGUAGUUGCGGCAGUUGGCCUGCUCCUAGCGCCGUAGACCUUAGUCCAUGUCAUUUUUGCAGCCGGGGCGCCACGUCCUCUGUUGCGUCGAUUUCUUGCUCGAUUAGUUGAUUCUUGGAUAGUAGAUUCUUGUGUACAUAACUACGAUUAUUACAGAAUAAUAGCAUACCCUAGAGAUUAUAUGUUUCUUUAUAUUUUCUUCA